AUGCAUCCGUCCCUGAUUGAUGAGGUGUUUGGGUUGUUGAUGCUUAUGUUCAUCGCGGCAUCGACUGCUUGGUUGCAUAGGUCUUGUGAACUUCCUGUUUUAAUUUGGGCUCUUCUUUCUUCUUCGAUCAUCGCUGGCGUCUUUGACACCCCCAUCCCCAUAAUUUCCACUUCACUGAUCCGAUCACUGGAAUUAAACUACAGGGAUCGUUUGAAUGGCGACUCCCGGUGGACCUAGACCAGGUAAUCUCCCACCGAAUUAUAACCCUAAUUCAAUCGCCGAUAAUAUGCAGAACCUUCAACUUAAUCGCCCUAAUCAGCCACCUAACCUAGGCAAUGGACCGAGAGGUCCACCUCCACCGUUUGGGCAACAACCCCCACCCCAAUCCCAAUCUCAGCCCUUUCCGUCGCCAUUUUCUAGACCUAAUCGUCCAGGACCUCCACCACCGGGUGUUGUUCCUAGAGGUGUAAUGCCUCCAUCUACUGGACCUCCACCUGGUACAUUACCUCCUUUCAUGGCUGCCAACCGAGGUCCACCUGGAGCUAAUCCACCACCACCAUCAUCUGCUUCAAGACCGAUGCCCUCUGGACCUUUUUCAUCCUCCCCUUUGACAACCGGACCACCUUCACUCCCGCCAAACGCCGGUGUUCCUCCCAUGAACAACGGGCCGCCAACUCAAGGUGGCCCUCAAUAUCCUCCCGCCAUCAGCAUGAGACCAAGACCAUCAACCGGACCACCACCCAUGCCACAAACCAUGUCAUCAUCAUCUUCAGUAGGCCAACCCUUACAUUCAUUUCUUGGAGGCCCUGAUAAUCAACCACCACGAGGACCACCACCAUUUUCAGCACCUCCAAGAGGCAUGCAGAUGCAACCACCCUCUUCAGGACCUCCAACAUUUUCAGCUCCACCACAAAAUCCUCCAUAUGGAGCUCAACCAUGGCAAAUGCAAUCCCGACAAAAUGCAGCACCACCUCCAUUAAUGUCACCUCCCUCACUGUCACCUGGAUCUGUUCAACCACCAAGAAUGUUUGGGAUGCCACCACCACUUCAUAAUCAACAAUCAAUGGCUACAAUAUCACCUGCAAUGGGCCCAAGUGGAAAUGUGGUUUCAGGCCCAUCAAAGAUUGACCCAAACCAAAUCCCACGCCCUGUUCCAACUUCAUCUGUUCUUCUUCAUGAAACUCGCCAAGGCAACCAGGCAAAUCCCCCUCCGCCUGCUACAAGUGAGUUUAUUGUAAGAGACACUGGAAAUUGCAGUCCUAGGUACAUGAGGUGCACCAUUAAUCAGAUUCCUUGCACUUCAGAUCUUUUAAACACAUCUGGCAUGCAAUUGGCUUUAUUGGUUCAGCCAUUAGCUCUUCCACAUCCAUCCGAGGAGCCUAUCCAAAUAGUGGAUUUUGGUGAAGGUGGACCUGUUCGUUGUUCUCGUUGCAAAGGCUACAUCAAUCCAUUCAUGAAAUUUGUUGAUCAGGGAAGACGUUUCAUCUGUAACUUUUGUGGCUUCACGGAUGAAACUCCACGUGACUAUCAGUGCAAUCUUGGGCCAGAUGGCAGGAGAAGAGAUGCAGAUGAAAGGCCUGAGCUUUGUAGAGGAACAGUUGAAUUUGUUGCCACAAGGGAAUUUCUGGUACGUGAUCCAAUGCCAGCUGUAUUCUUCUUCCUGAUUGAUGUAUCAAUGAACGCCUUGCAAACUGGUGCAACUGCAGGAGCUUGUAGUGCUAUUAGCCGAGUUAUUGCUGAUCUUCCAGAGAGUCCUCAAACAAUGGUGGGAAUUGCUACAUUUGAUGUGACUAUACAUUUUUACAAUCUGAAACGUGCAUUGCAGCAGCCAUUAAUGCUCAUAGUUCCUGAUAUAGAAGAUGUUUACACUCCUCUUGAAACUGAUGUUAUUGUUCAGCUUUCAGAGUGUCGUCAACAUCUGGAAUUGUUGCUGGAAAGCAUUCCAACUAUGUUUCAGAAUAAUAAAACAGCUGAUUCAGCUUUUGGUGCUGGGAUGAAGGCUGCUUUUCUGGCAAUGAAGAGUACAGGAGGCAAACUUUUGGUAUUUCAAUCAGUCUUGCCUUCUGCUGGUAUUGCUGCUCUUUCUGCUAGAGAGGCUGAAGGAAGAACUAAUAUCUCUGCAGGAGAGAAGGAACCUCAUAGAUUACUUCAACCAGUAGACAAUACUAUGAAGACAAUGGCUAUUGAAUUUGCAGAAUACCAGGUCUCUGUUGAUGUAUUCAUUACUACUCAAAGUUAUGUUGACAUUGCUUCAAUCUCUGUUAUCCCAAAGACAACUGGAGGCCAGUUAUAUUAUUAUCAUCCAUUUUCUGCCCUUUCUGAUCCUGCAAAACUCUACAAUGAUCUUCGAUGGAAUGUCACAAGGCCACAAGGUUUUGAAGCUGUGAUGCGUGUUAGAUGCAGUCAGGGACUUCAAGUACAAGAAUACUCAGGAAACUUCUGUAAACGCAUUCCUACAGAUGUUGACUUACCUGCGGUUGAUUGUGACAAAUCUCUAAUGGUAACUUUGAAACAUGAUGAUAAAUUAACCGAUGGAACAGAAUGUUCUUUCCAGUGUGCACUUCUUUAUACUACUGUAUAUGGGCAAAGAAGAAUACGAGUGUCCACCUUAUCCUUACCAUGCACCACCAUGCUUAGCAAUCUUUUUCGUUCAGCUGAUCUAGACACUCAAUUUUCUUGUUUUCUAAAGCAAGCUGCAAAUGAAAUCCCAAUUACGCCCUUAUUACAAGUGAGGGAUCGAGUCACAGAUCUUAGUAUCAACAUUCUUCAUUCUUACAGGAAAUUUUGUGCAACUGUUUCAUCAUCUGGACAACUCAUUCUUCCUGAGGCUCUCAAGUUGUUGCCUUUAUACACUCUCGCUUUGAUUAAAAGUAUUGGAUUGAGAACGGAUGGGAGAAUAGAUGAUAGAUCAUUUUGGAUCAGCUAUGUGACUUCUCUUUCUGUUCAAUUAGCAAUCCCACUUGUGUAUCCUAGAAUGAUCAGUGUUCAUGACCUUAUUUCAAAGGAAACGGAUGGAUCUGGAUCGGUUAUUCCUGCACCUAUACCAUUAUCUAGUGAACAUGUGAGUGAUGAAGGAAUCUAUCUUCUUGAAAAUGGUGAAGAUUGUUUAGUUUAUGUUGGAAGCUCUGUUGAUCCUGAUGUAACACAAAAACUGUUUGGUAUAUCGUCUGCUGGUGAAAUCCCUACUCAGUUUGUGUUGCAGCAGUAUGAGAACCCUUUGUCAAAGAAGCUACAUGAGGUCAUAAACGAGAUACGAAGCCAAAGAUGUAACUACUUAAGGUUAAAAUUAUGCAAGAAAGGUGACCAAUCAGGAAUGAUGUUCUUUUCUUAUAUGGUGGAAGACAAGUCUCCAAAUGGUUUGUCAUAUGUUGAGUUUCUGGUGCAUGUUCAUCGGCAAAUUCAGAGUAAGAUGCAAUAGUUAAUGUUGUUUGAAGAGCCACACAAUCCAUUUUUGUUUAUGGGUUUUGGGUAGUAUUUAUAUGGGGGCAAAAUGGACAAGUUUUGAGGGAUAGUUCCAUCCAUUUUUUUUUUUUAUGGUUGAGCAAAGUUUUGUUAGUUUGAUUUUUGUUUGAAGUUAUUUAAAGUGUAGAGCAUAAAAUAAACAGAUUUGAUUAUAAUGAGAUAUAAGUUGUAUAUGAA